GCACUCCUUCUUCUUUUUAAAAAUCGCCUGGUGUGUGGAGCUCCGCCGGGCUUGGUGCCUCGCUCCCUUACUGAGACUGGAGACAGCCGGGAACAGCCACAGGGCAGACUGAGGUGGCAAAAGGGAAAUCUGCCGAGAUGUUCAGUCAGGGACCCAGGACCCCAGCUUCAGGCUGCUACUAUCUAAAUUCCAUGACACCUGAGGGCCAGGAGAUGUACUUGCGAUUUGAUCAGACUGCGAGGCGCUCUCCUUACAGGAUGAGCCGGAUUCUAGCACGCCAUCAGCUAGUGACUAAAAUUCAACAAGAAAUCGAGGCGAAGGAAGCAUGCGACUGGCUCCGUGCUGCUGGGUUCCCACAAUACGCUCAGUUGUAUGAGGAUUCCCAAUUUCCCAUCAACAUUGUGGCUGUCAAGAAUGAUCAUGAGUUUCUUGAAAAGGACCUUGUAGAACCUCUUUACAGACGACUGCAUACAUUGAACAAGUGUGCCUCAAUGAAACUUGAUGUGAACUUCCAAAGGAAAAAGGGUGACGACUCAGAUGAGGAAGAUCUCUGCAUCAGCAACAAAUGGACUUUCCAAAGAACCAGCCGCCGGUGGUCUCGCGUGGACGACCUGCACACACUGUUCCCCGGAGGAGACAGGAAUGGGUCAUCGGGAGACAUUAGGAUGAGGAACACCACCAGCAGUGAAAGUGUCCUCACAGACCUGAGCGAGCCCGAGGUCUGCUCCAUUCACAGUGAGAGCAGCGGAGGGAGUGACGGUCGCGGCCAGCCGGGCAGCCACAGCGCGGGCCGCGAGCCGUUCGACUGCCCUGGCCAGUCCUGCCCCGACAGCCCGGUCAUGCUGGACGCCACGUUCGUCAGCGGCAGCCUCCCACAGUCCCCCAAAGACGUUCUCAGCUACCCCCUCCACCCAAAGAAUGAGAAAGCCACCAGGACCAGAGCCAAAUCAUUUUUGAAACGUAUGGAGACACUCCGAGGGAAGGGAGCGCACGGAAGGCACAAGGGGCCGGGGCGGACCGGGGGCUUGGUGAUCAGCGGGCCCGUGCUGCAACAGGAGCCAGAGGCCUUCAAGGCCAUGCAGUGCGUCCCCAUCCCGAACGGGGAUCUCCAGAGCUCGCCCCCCGCUGCCUGCACCAGAGGGCUCCUGAGCUCCGGCAAAUGGAGCGGGGAAAGCAGCCAGUCGUUAAACAGCGGUAGCGGGGUGAGCACGCCCGGCUCCAAGGAACGGAAAAGCCAGGAGGCCAACAAGCGCGGGGGCAUGUACUUGGAAGACCUGGACGUGCUGGCCGGGACGGCACUGCGGGACACAGGCGACCAGAACCACGCACACGAGUUCCAUUCCCAGGAGAACUUGGUAGUGCAUAUUCCCAAGGAUCACAAACCAGGAACGUUCCCCAAGGCACUCUCUAUUGAGAGCCUCUCGCCCACAGACGGUAGCAAUGGGGUUAACUGGAGGACCGGUAGCCUCUCCCUGGGCAGACAGCAGGGCCCUGGCGCCGGGGAGCCCAGACUCAUGGCGUCCUGCCACAGAGCAAGUAGAGUCAGUAUCUACGACAACGUCCCGGGCUCCCAUUUGUACGCCAGCACGGGAGACCUUUUGGACUUGGAGAAAGAUGACCUCUUCCCUCAUUUAGAUGACAUCUUGCACCACGUCAAUGGGCUCCAGGAGGUAGUGGAUGACUGGUCAAAGAACGUCUUGCCUGAGCUGCAAACACACGACGCACUGGUUGGAGAAUCUGGAUUAUGCCCCUGUCCAUCGCCUAAUCAGAUCACCUUAGAUUUCGAAGGCAACUCGGUCUCCGAAGGUCGGACAACACCCAGCGAUGUGGACAGAGCAUCUCUUAAUGAGUCGGAGGCCACUGGGGUCAGGGAAAGGAGGGAUUCUGGUGUAGGGGCCUCUCUGACCAGGCCAAACAGGCGGCUCCGAUGGAAUAGUUUCCAGCUCUCGCACCAGCCUCAGCCGUCCACGGCACCCCACAUCAGCAGCCAGACAGCCGGCCAGCUGAACCUGCUCCAGCGUUUCUCACUGCUUCGCCUCACGGCCAUCAUGGAGAAGUACUCCCUGUCCAAUAAACACGGCUGGACGUGCCUCUCCCCACAGGCUGCCCCAAGAGGCUCGCGUGACCUGGUUUCUGUGAAUUCUAGGUCAGUUCCAAAGUUCAUGAAGAGGAUGAAAGUUCCUGAUUACAAAGACAAGACUGUCUUUGGUGUUCCCCUCAUAGUUCACGUGCAGAGAACGGGACAGCCCCUGCCUCAGAGUAUUCAGCAAGCACUCAGAUACCUGCGUAGCAACUGCCUCGAUCAGGUCGGUCUUUUUCGAAAAUCGGGCGUGAAAUCUCGAAUCCAUGCAUUACGUCAGAUGAACGAGAGCUUCCCUGAGAAUGUCAGCUAUGAGGACCAAUCUGCUUAUGAUGUGGCGGAUAUGGUAAAACAGUUCUUCCGGGACCUCCCGGAGCCUCUUUUCACCAACAAACUCAGCGAGACCUUCCUCCACAUCUAUCAGUAUGUCCCCAAGGAGCAGCGGCUGCAUGCAGUGCAGGCGGCCGUCCUGUUGCUGGCCGACGAAAGCAGGGAGGUCCUGCAGACGCUGCUGUGCUUCCUGAGUGACGUGGUCAACUCGGUGGAAGAGAAUCAGAUGACACCCAUGAACCUGGCUGUGUGUCUGGCCCCCUCCCUCUUUCAUCUUAAUUUACUGAAGAAAGAAAGCUCCCCCAGAGUCAUACAGAAGAAAUAUGCCACCGGGAAGCCAGAUCAAAAGGACCUCAGUGAGAACCUGGCCGCGGCUCAGGGGCUUGCCCACAUGAUCACAGAAUGCGACAGACUGUUCGAGGUCCCACAUGAGUUGGUAGCCCAGUCCCAUAACUCAUACGUGGAGGCUGAGAUCCACGCUCCGACUCUAGAAGACCUGGGGUCCCAGCUGGAGGAGAGCGGAGCAACUUUCCAUAUGUACCUGGAACAUCUCGUCCAGGGGCUCCAGAAAGAAGCCAAGGAGAAGUUCAAAGGCUGGGUCACGUGCUCCAGCACAGACAAUACAGAUCUUGCUUUCAAAAAGGUGGGGGACGGGCAUCCGCUGAAGCUAUGGAAGGCCUCUGCGGAGGUCGAAGCGCCCCCCUCGGUGGUUCUGAAUCGUGUGCUGAGAGAGCGUCACCUGUGGGAUGAGGAUUUUGUGCAGUGGAAGGUUGUGGAAACUCUGGACAAGCAAACAGAAAUCUAUCAGUACGUGCUGAACAGCAUGGCCCCCCAUCCUUCCAGGGACUUCGUGGUUCUCAGGACCUGGAAGACGGACCUGCCCAAAGGAACGUGUACCCUGGUGUCCCUCUCCGUGGAGCACGAGGAAGCCCAGCUCAUGGGCGGCGUGCGGGCCGUGGUGAUGGAUUCUCAGUACUUGAUAGAACCUUGUGGCUCCGGCAAAUCGAGACUGACCCACAUCUGCAGGAUAGACCUGAAAGGUCACUCCCCAGAGUGGUACAGUAAAGGCUUUGGACAUCUGUGUGCAGCAGAAGUUGCCAGGAUUAGAAACUCUUUUCAGCCCCUCAUUGCUGAGGGUCCAGAAACUAAAAUCUGAGUUUUCCCCAGUGUGACAUCAAACUCAGGGAAGAGGAAGUGAACGGAAACACUUGUGGGAGAGGCUGCUCGUGAGAAAGCGAGAGAGAGAGAGAGAGAGAGAGAGAGACGUGGUUAAUGCUUAAAAAUGGAAACACUGAGAAGUUGGAAUGUUGAAGAGGCAAGAAUUGCUGAGAACUUUCCUAGCCUUCCUGGAGACGGCUACAUCCCUACUAAUAUAAUAUUUUUAAAAAUCGGAACAUUUAUCUAUGUUACUUAAAAUUAAAUGGAUUAUUUCUUGUGCAUUGCCUAAUUUGCUAUUUAAAGGCUUCUAAGAAGCAUACUCUUAACUGUAAAUAAAUGUAUGUAUAGCAUAUGUACAUAUGUGUGUAUAUCUCUAUCUUCACUGUAUAUAUGCACAGUAUCAAUUUUAUAUAUAAUUGCGUCUUUUGAAAAGGAAUGCAUCUGACUCAGUGAGUCCCUUCCUCACUCACGUGGUUCUUUCCGAGUUGCUCUGGGCCCAGCCCCCCACUGUCCUGCUGCUAACACCCAGGUAUGAAAAUGUGUAGUCUGUCGGUCGGCCCUGAUGUCUAACCAAAGAUUAGCUAACCAAAGGAAAACAACAUUGAAAGUUGUUAUGUGUUGUCAGUUUGCUUGCGUCCUUCAAAAACUGAGCUUGGAGUGCUGGAGAAUGCUGGGAAAAGAAUACUCACUCCUCUUAAAAGCACAGAAGUGGAGUAGAAGUCAUGACUAAGUAUAAGGCUAGGUUGCCAGUAGCCAGUGGACCCAGCCGGAUGCAGUUUGGUGAAAUGCCAGAUGCCCACGGGCCACUGGAGUCAGGGCAAGUGACUGCAAGAACUUCAUUGCCCUGCUGGUUAGAGCCAAAUAUAAUAGCCUUUGCAUAGUCAAAGCCCAAGGGAGCCUCUGUGUUUUAUCGAGUUUUCAUUGAUACAUUUUAUCAUGUUCCUAAAUGUCAUUCUGUAUGACCAGUGGCCUAUUUGGUCACAGUUAAUCGGCAUUUUCUUACCGAUACAUUGCACUGAAUUUAACUCUGGACACCAGACAGGGGGAGGUGAUGGUCAGUUGAGAGUCCUGGACCGUUACAGCUUCAGGGAAUUCUUAUUUUGCCAUGGAGGAUGUUCUUAAGAUAUAAUUCGUUAAACUUCUGCAAUUUAAAAGACAGGGUUUUAAACUAACGAUAAGAUCAAAACUGUACUCUGCGAAAAUAGAACUCUUAGAAAAUAUAAACAGGUUUCUUCAUUUCAUAUUUCUUCAUUAGCCAGUCAAGCUACCUACACGUUUGACCCAAACUUAUUUAUUAUUGUAUAGACUAAGCGGAUUGACUCUCCUUAACCCAUUGCUAAUGGAUUUAAGUUGUGGAGUUUUUUUGUUAAUUGUAAUUCGACAACGGUAGAGAGAAAGAUAAGUUAUUAUGCUUGGCUUCAGGAAGAGAUUUUCUUUGGUAAUCCAUGAAGAUUGGCAUCAUAACUUAGCAACUGGUAUGGGAGGAAAAAAAAAAAACCUUAAAUGAGUGUUUUCCCUUUCUUUUGUAUUGUUACGCAUUUAUGUUAUUAUGUAAUUUUUUUCCUAUCAGCAAUGUGCAAUUCUUUUAUUGAGAGAAAUAAAAAUAUUAUAUAUGAGUUCUCUAUAGUGCAAGGAAAAUCAUACUAUUUGAAUUAUGACCUGGGAAUUUUUCAUUUCCUUGCCUACAAAGAAGUGGCCAGCAAACCCAUAAUUUUCAAGUUGGGCAAUGCUCCGUGAGGAAAACAAAUUCACUUCUGCCAUGCAUCUUAAGUUCAACCAUAUAUGUUGGAUUACCUUAAUAUGCAUAGACAAGAUUAAUGAAGUUCAAUCUAGUUUAACACUGGUCCAGAGAUGGAAUCCUAGGGGUUUGGAAAAUACGCUAGACACACGGAUGAAUCGUACUGUAUCACCAAGUUUAGCGUGAACACGAAUCACCUGGAGAUCUUGAUCAACUGCAGACUCUUAAUUCAGGCAGUCUGGAGUAAGAGUCUACAUUUCGAACAAGUCUCGGGGAUGCCUUUGCUGCUGGCCCAAAGACCACACUCUGGGAAGCAAGAGGGUACUAAAACCAAUACGGUUGUAUUCAUGACCCCCCUUCUCUUUAAAUUACCUGACUUUCCCAUUUUUGCGCGCGUACUAAUCACGUCACUGCUGCAUAACCUAGUGCGUCUAAAAAAAUAAAACAGGAAAAAUGAGGGAAAAGAUGCAUCGAGCUUCUUUGUCAAAUACCACAGUAUUUUAUUCAUUGUUAUCUUGCCAAUGGAAAUAAAAUAUGAUAUUGCAUUUAAAUAUUA